AUGGGGGCCCGCACCGUGUCGCCCGGAGGGGCUCUCCUCCGGUCGUCCCGGAUGUUUGCUCUUCCGAAGCCCCUGCGCGAUCCGCCUGCUACUCCCGGCGAGAACUGGUCUCCCACGGCUACCCAGAGCUAUCCCCGGCACCAAUCUAUCACCUCGCCUUUUGCUUCGCGCGAGAAGGGUGAUUGGGGCCUGAAGCGUCCUCUGCCUCUCAAGCAGACCAUGGCCACCACAACCCCUCUCGUCCGCAUCAAGCAGCUCGACACGGUCGAGAAAAUCACCGACUACGCCUCGGCUGCCGAUCACUCUCUGUCUCUGGAGAAGUUUGGCGAGAUGCGCAUCGCUCUCAGCAUACCCCAACCCGAAGAGGGCAUCCAUAGGUCCAGGGAUUCGGCGGCUGGUCAGCUCAAGUCCGUCUUUGAGGAAGACAUGGACUUUACCACAAUCGAUGAAGAGAAGGCAGACGACAAGCGCUGGAAGUUCCGUGGCCCCUGGCUGGCCCGCAUGUCCGAAGGCGAAUUCAUCAAGUUCCUCGACAAGAGCGUGCGCCCCAAGCGUGCCGAGUUUAGGGUACUUCUAAGGCAGAAGCUUGCCGAGGAGCUGACGGUCAAGCAAAACACAGACGCCCGGGACGCCGGUCUCCCCACGCCGCCCAAGAUCGAGCCGCACCAGAUCGCGUCCGAUCAGUUCACGCAGUACCUGCGGUCGCUACGCAAUGACCGAGUAACUCUUUACGACCUCGUCUCCAAAUUCCUCGAUCUCGCCCCUCUUGGCAAGCCCAUUGGCUUUGCUCAGACGGGCAUCUUCUUCUACGACAACAAGAAGACGACCGAGAGCCCCUAUGGCAAGUCAGGUCCACCGCCCAGCCACCCCUCUGCUGGUAUUAGCUACCUGCGCACCAACGCCGUCAUGGACAACCACCCUGUAUACGGGCCUCAGGCACACCGCUCGCCUGUGCUCUCCAGGAUCAUCCACCCUAGGCUGGGCGCCAGCCCUGCCAAGGUCGGUAUCGGUGGGUUCGUUGCUGGUGUCCCCGUCGGCGACAAUGACUUCAACAUCCGUCCCAUCCGUGGCCGAGGCGCAUCCCGCAAGCCCCUCAACGGUAUCUCCCAUCUGGACAUUACUAGCUUCGGUGGCGCCAAGGCCUACGUCGAGCCCUACACAGCCACCGUCGACCCCGAUGGCAAGGUCGUGAUCAAGGUGCGCGAGACCGGUGCCGAGGCCCAGCUCAUUGCCAAGGAGGCACUGGGACAGUCCAAGAUCUACAACAACUCUCCUCUUAAGCGCACCAUAUCCCCGCAAAAGGAGCAGCAGGACGCCGGCGAGGCGAGGGGAUCCCAGCGCCUGCAGCGUGUGACGGAUGAGGUCCUGAACGACUCGUCGACUCCGGAGAAGGAUAUUGUGAGCAGUUCCAGCAGCUACGGGCUGGACCCGCCUGAGAAGUCUUGA